AUGGAGCGCGGCGACUCCUUCGCAGUGGAGGACGCCUCGUCCCCUUUCCUGGUGUCGCCGAGUGGCAGCUUCUCGUGCGGGUUCCGCGAGGUGGCCACAAACGCCUACACGUUCGCCAUCUGGUUCACGGCCUCGGCCCACGCCACCGUCGCCUGGACGGCCAACCGUGACGCCCCCGUCAACGGCAGGGGCUCCCGCGCCGAGCUCCGCAGUGACGGGUCUCUGGUGCUGCAGGGCUUGGACGGCCGCGUUGUGUGGAGCACCAACACCAGCACCACGAGUGCGGACCGCGCGGAGCUCCUUGACUCCGGCAACCUCGUGGUGUCUGACGCGUCCGGGCGCGCGCUGUGGCAGAGCUUCGACUGGCCCACCGACACGCUCCUCCCGGGGCAGCCUAUGACGCGGUACCAGCGGCUUGUGUCGGCGUCAGCGAUGGGCUUGCCCUACUCCGGCUUCUACAAAUUUUACUUCGACAGCAACAACAUCCUCAACCUCAUGUACGACGGCCCGGAGAUCAGCAGCAACUACUGGCCGGACCCCUUCAACAAGUGGUGGGACAACAACCGGACGGCGUACAACAGCAGCCGCUACGGCAGCCUCGACGCGCACGGCCACUUCUCCGCCAGCGACAACCUGCAGUUCAGCGCCUCCGACAUGGGCGCCCCCGGCGUCAUGCGGCGCCUCACGCUCGACUACGACGGGAAUCUCCGCCAGUACAGCCUCGACGUCUCCGGCGACGGAACGUGGCAAGUCACGUGGGCGGCGAUGUCGCGUCCCUGCGACGUGCACGGGAUCUGCGGCCGGUACGGGCUGAGCGGGGCGCCGGCGUGCUCGUGUCCGGAGGGGUUCGUCGUCGCCGAAGCCGGCGACUGGAGCAAGGGCUGCCGGCGCACUUUCGACGUCCGGUGCGGCGAAGAUGUCUACUUCGCCAAGAUGCCAGACUCAGACUACUGGGGCUUCGACUUCAACUACACCGAGGCGCUUACCUACUACACAUGCCGCGAGAUCUGCCUCGACGACUGCAACUGCGAGGCUUUCGGCUACAAACAGGGCACAGGAAAGUGCUACCCCAAGAUCGCCCUCUGGAACGGCCGCCACCCAGAGUAUUCCCUUCCGGACAGUAGUCGGGCCAUCUACCUCAAGGUGCCACGCCGCGUCCAGAACCUGGACCCCUCCGUGCCUCGCUUCGGCGGCCAUGCGUGCACCGUGCGCGAAGUGGACGCCAGCGGCAGCAGCGCCAUGCACUCGCACCUGCCGGCCGCAGGCAGCAAGCUCAACUUCGUCUACUUCUACUCUUUCCUGGCUGGGCUGUUCGUCAUGGAGGCCGUCUUCAUCUUCGCCGGGUAUAUGUUUGUGUUCCGAGCCGACCCGGCGGCGCGGCGCAUCCGGGAUGAAGGGUACAGUCUGCUGCUCGACCACUUCAGGAGGUUCACGUACGACGAGCUGUCGACCGUGACCUGCGAGUUCAGCGACGAGGUCGGGAGGAGUGCAUCGGGGGCCGUGUACAAGGGCAUCCUGGACGAUGGCCGGAGAGUCACGGUGACAAGGCUGGAGGAGGUGACGCAGGCCGACGAGGUGUUCCGGUCGGACCUGAGCGUCAUUGGACGAAUCAACCACAUGAACCUCGUCAGGAUCUGGGGCUUCUGCUCCGAGCACUCGCAACACCUCCUCGUCUCCGAGCACGUCGAGAAUGGCUCGCUCGACAAGGCCCUCUUCGUCAAUGGCCAGGACGGCACCGUCGCGUUGCCGUGGCACGCGAGGUACGGGAUCGCUGUUGGCGUUGCCAAGGGGCUGGCAUACCUCCACCAUGAGUGCCUUGAGUGGAUCGUGCACUGCGACGUGAACCCGGAGAACAUCCUGUUGGACGCCGAGCUGGAGCCCAAGAUCACCGACUUCGGUCUUGUGAAGCUGUUGAGCCGCCGGGACGAGUGCGGACGGGUGCUCUCCCGGGUGCAGGGUACCAGGGGGUACAUCGCGCCGGAGAUGGCACUCAACCUCCCCAUCACCGGGAAGGCCGACGUGUUCAGCUUCGGCGUCGUGCUCCUUGAGCUGCUUCGUGGGCAGAGGGUGUGCGACUGGGCGGUGGAUGGAGGAGGAGAAGAGUUGCUGCGCAUGGACUUCCCGCAGCUCGUCGCGCUGCUUCGAGAGGAGACGAGGGACUUGCGGGAGGCGUGGCUGGAGGCGUUCGUUGACGCGCGGUUGCGCUGCGAUUUCAGCCACAUGGAGGCGGCCACAAUGCUCAAGGUAGCUGUAUCAUGCGUGGAUGACGAUCCCGGCAGGAGGCCCAGCAUGAAUGCCGUCGUGCAAAAGCUCCUCUCGCCACAGGAUGUCAUGCCGCCGUCCAUGCUCCAUGCCCAUGCAUCGUCUCCUGUCCCAUAGAUGAGUUUGUGACUUGUGAGAACGGCGAACCAACCUGGGGUUGAAUGUCACACGGAUGUGGUAUCCCAACCCAUCAUGAUGGGUUCAAGUCCCCCUAAAAAAUGAUGGGUUCUCUGUUUUAAAUUUAUUUUAAUUUUUUAGAUAAUGUACAUUAAAUUAAAGAAAACGUUUCUGUCGACGACGA